AUAACAACAACAACAACAACAACAACAACAACAACAACAAAAAAAAGAAAAAGAAAAACAUAUGAUGACCAGUCUGACCAGGAGUACUCGGAAAAGGGCACUGUCGUUGGUAAAGGGAUCCGUAUUAACGGCGCAAGGUAGUGCUCCAACAGCAACGGUUGCAACUGUCGCAAGAAGGUCAAAGUCUUCUUCUUCUUCUUCUUCUUCUUCUUCUUCUUCUUCUUCAACAACCACUACCACCACUGUUACUUCAAGAGCCACAAGAGCCACAAGAGCCACAAGAGCAACAGCAACAGCAACAGCAACAGCAACAACAUCCCCAUCACCACCGUCAUCAUCAAGAAGGGCUAAAAGUCCCAGUGCUGUCACAAAAGAUGAAGCGAAUCCAACACCGGCAGUCAAGACUGCAAAGCAGAAAAACAAACUAGCUGCACCAAAACAUGUUAGAGCCACUCCUUGGGUCUCUGUCAAGUUGCCCCGGUCUGAAUUGGAUCUUUCGACAACAUUGAAAUGUGGACAGUCCUUUCGAUGGCAACGAGAGCAUCAGGAACUGGAAUCGGGAGAGAUAUCCCUUCCUAUUUAUUCAUGUGUCCUAGACCAUCGGGUAUGGUGCCUCCAGGAGACCGAGGAUGGAUUUCGAUACAGGACCUUUAAAGGCUCGACAACACCGGAUCCUUUGCUAUCAUCAGAUCAAGAAACAGAGUCAAAAACAUCAAAAGAAGAAGAAGAAGCGAGGGAGAAGGAUCAAGAUACGGCGUUUUUGAGAGAUUAUUUUCAAUUGGAUGUACCAUUGACAGAACUCUAUGCGAAAUGGUCGGAAACCGAUGCCAACUUUAAGGCCAAAGCACCUCUUUUCCCAGGUGUGCGGAUAUUGCGUCAGGAUCCUGUAGAGAACUUGAUGUGCUUUAUCUGCAGCUCUAACAACAACAUUGGCAGGAUUAGCCAGAUGGCUACGAAAUUAUGCCAAGAGUACGGAGCACCAAUCACAAUACCACCUCAAGUAUCGGGCGAAUCAACUUCCAAGACAUACUAUGGUUUUCCUACGAUCGAUGCAUUAGCACAGGAGGGUGUGGAGGACACGUUACGGAAGGCAGGGUUUGGAUACAGAGCAAAAUAUAUCGCCAGUUCAGCAAAGAUGAUCCAUGCAAUGGAGGAUGGUGAAGCAUGGCUUCGAGGAUUAAGAAAAGUGCCGUAUGAGGAAGCCCAUGCUGCGUUAUUGGCGUUGCAGGGUGUUGGUCCAAAAGUUGCUGAUUGUGUUUGUUUAAUGUCGCUUGACAAACAUGAGAGUAUACCGGUGGACACGCACGUCUGGCAGAUAGCAGUACGUGAUUAUCAGUUCCGAUUUGAGGGCAAGGUCCCCAAGACGAUCUCGCCUGCGAUCUAUAAAGCUGUGGGUAAACAUUUUGUGGAUCUCUUUGGGAAGUACUCUGGAUGGGCACACUCGGUUUUGUUUGCAGCUGAUCUCAGGACGAUCGAAGGGAGGGUCAAGCAGGAGGAAGGGGUUACAGAUCUAUUGAUCAAAGUCAAGAAAGAAGGAGGAGAAGGAGAAGGAGAAGGGGAGGAAAAGGCAUUAUUGUUGGCAAAAAUCAAGAAUGAAGAAGAAGAAAAAGAAGAAGGAGAAGGAGAAGAAGAAGAAUCUUCUAAUGCAGUGAGUGAAAGUAUGGAGAAGGUCAAGCUAGAAGAUGUAUCAGAUUCCAUAUUGGACAUGUCAUCAUCACCAUCAUCAUCAUUAUCAUUCUCAUCCGUGUUAGAAACAGCAACAGAAACAACAACAGAGACGAAUGGUCUUCGCAAAUCGAAGCGUCGAAAGGGAACAUGAGCAUUAUUAAUGCAACAAUAAAAG